GUGGAUUAGAUGUUUUUACUUCAGAUUUGCCUCAGGGAAAUGACAUCGCUGGAACAUUACGCUAUAAUGUAUAUCGAGGCUGCCGAUCAUGCAAAGCAACCAAAGAUCAAUUAACAAACCUUACAUUUGAUAUUUAUUAUUGCGGCCAAUACCAUCAAAUUACUGACCAAGAAUUUCAACUUAUAAAUCAACAAACUUCAAAAAAUGCAAAAUCGAGACUUGGCUCUCAAUAUGGAUUACAACUAUCAUCUGGACCAUUAGAUCCAAUUUUGCAUGACCGUCAUUUGCAUGUACCGCAAGAUGCAUAUCAUGCAAUUGCGGGAAAAAUAGCCCGGCUGCUUAACUGUACCUAUUCAAUAUUAACAUUAACUGGAGAGAAUAAUCUGAUCAAUUAUUGGAAAAACUUUGAAACACCAGCAUGA